UCUGCCCAACGAUCUGAGGGAAUAAACAGCAGCAGUGAGCUGGCCAAGCAGACCAAAGUGCCUCUUUGUCGUCGCUCAAGCUGGACUGAAACUCCAAUCUCCUCGUUUACUCUCUUCCAUGCCCCCGGCCCUCUUUAAGGCCACAAGUCAAAGUGAAGAAACUUUUUUCCUUUUCUCACUGAGGGAAGUGACAUCUCUGUUCAUUUGGUGAAUUGCUUUCUCCGCAUCUCUUCUCUUUACCUCUGUUUUGCAGAAAGAAGGAUGUCUUUCCCUUGGACGGGUAUGCUUUUGCUUAGUUUUCUGCAGCUACUGGAAGCCCUGAUGAAAGAAGGAGCUGUCCCGUUUAUUGAAGAAAACUACGCACCCUCCAGAAUGGAGGCAAAGGCUGGAGAAGAUCACUUAAAAAGACACAUCAAUUCCAAAGGUGUCCUGAUGGAGGUACUUGGAGAACCGGGCAGGAAGAGAGACUCAGGACUGACCGGCAACCACGAAGAGCAACAGUUCUCAGAAGAGCAGCUGAGGUGGAGAAGAAGACGCAGAGGAGCAAAAGAUGAUGAUGCCAAGUCAGUUCAGCAGUAUGUUCCAGGAGUCAAAGUAGAAUUUCCUCGGCCUGCGAACCCAGCCACUUCACAGCCAAUGAAGCCUCCAGCUCCAUCCAGCACAGAUCCUUUUGAACCCCACCAACAGAGCCCGGCAGUCUACGGUGAUAGAGCGGCCCAGGUUAAUAGGACUGUGGCACUAGGAAAGCAUUUUCAGAUACAGAACCCUCUCUAUCCAGUGACAGAAAGCUCUUAUAGUGCUUAUGCUGUCAUGUUCCUGUCCCUCAUUGUCUUUGCUGUAGGCAUUGUUGGGAACCUCUCGGUCAUGUGCAUUGUCUGGCAUAAUUACUAUAUGAAAAGUGCUUGGAAUUCCAUUUUGGCCAGUCUUGCUUUCUGGGAUUUCCUUAUCCUCUUCUUCUGCCUACCUGUGGUCAUCUUUAAUGAAAUUACCAAGAAGAGACUACUGGGAACCUUCUCCUGUCGCCUUGUGCCCUUCAUGGAGGUGACUUCUCUGGGAAUCACCACCUUCAGCCUCUGUGCCUUGGGCAUUGACAGAUUCCAUGCGGCUACCAGCCCUCAAGCCAAGCUCCGUCCGAUUGAACACUGCCACUCCAUCAUUGCCAAGCUGGCUGUCAUUUGGGUGGGUUCCAUGACCCUUUCAAUCCCAGAGCUCCUUCUUUGGCAGCUGGCACAGGAUACCUCACCAGUCUCUGGUGUAGUAUCUGACUACUGCACAAUGAAACCUUUUCAGGAGCUGCCUGAGUCCAUUUACUCUCUGGUUCUCACUUAUCAGAAUGCUAGGAUGUGGUGGUAUUUUGGAUGCUACUUCUGCCUGCCAAUCCUCUUUACCGUCAGCUGCCAGCUGGUCACCAGAAGGAUCAGCAGCUCAGAGAAGACGGAAUGCCGUGGCAAUAAGCAUGGGCAGUGUGAGAGCCAACUCAACUGCACAGUGAUUGGCCUGACAGUGAUCUAUGGUCUCUGCACCAUUCCUGAAAAUGUCAGUAAUAUUGUUGUGGCCUAUCUGUCUCCCGACAUGACAAAACAGACCCUGGACCUAUUAAGCUUGGUCAACCAGUUCUUCCUGUUCUUCAAAUGUUCAGUUACUCCUGUGCUUUUACUGUGCCUUUGCAAACCCCUGGGGCAGGCCUUCAUGGACUGCUGCUGCUGCUGCUGUGAUGAAUGUGGUCAAGAAACAACUUCCAGUGAUGGUGGUUCUGAAAGCAAAAUCAAAACCGAGAUGUCCUCAAAUAUUUUCUUCGACAAGACCCGAGAGUCACCUCCCCCUGUAGGGGCCAUUGGCACGCCAUGCUAAGUUCAAUCACCCUAGUGGCAGACCAACAGCAAUUCUUCCGCUACCUUUUCCCAAGACCAAAAGUUGUGAUGAUUUUUUUUAGUAUUAAUUGGUGAAAUAGCUGGACACUGGAGGUGGGACCUGGUGUCUAUCAUCUGCUUGUUCCAGCACUGUCUUGUAAAAGAACACCUUACAAACAAGGCAUCACCAAUAGCUAUCUCUUCUUUGCUGAACAGUUACCAAGGGUGCCAUUGACUCCCCUGAUCUACCAUGACUAGAAAGGCUGCUGUUCUGAAUGCGAAAGAUGCUGUGGAAAGGCCCACUUGCAACCCUUUCAAGAACGGAGAAAUCACCUCUUUUAAAAGAGUUCAUAGUACACACUAACCUAUUCUGCACUGAUGCAGGACCUUACUGUCCUCUUCUUCAUGUCUGCCCCCAAAACAGCCUUGUAUACAAAGUCAGCACUAUCCUAGUCUCAAUAAACGAGUAGACUAAGUAGAAAAAGGUUCUAGUCACUUUAUUCAAAAUGUGGUAGAACAAUUGAUCAUUCUGUGUUUUUCUCAAAAAAGUGAAUCUGUCCACGUUGUAUGAACUAGAAUUCUUGUCUAGCCAAGGAAUCAGGAUUUUACAACAGGUUUCACUGUGUCUUGUGUUAUGGGGGGGGGGGGGAAUAGGGGGAAUUGUUGUUUUUUAAAUUCACACUAAAGACCUCAGAUUGGGCUAUUUUGAUCUAUCCAUGCUUUCAAGUGACUACCAUCACAUUACCAUCUACUUUAGUGUAUAAUCAAUUAAGUCAUUGUGGCAUCAAUGGCAGCAUUCUUGACAUUUUCUUUGUUCCGUUGGGCAUCCAGUUUGUUUUCUUCCAUUUCUUAACCUUUGACAGUAGUCUCUGUUCACAUUCAUUUUUACCAACUUCCUUAUUUCAUUCUACAAUUCCUCUGGUUCCUAUUAAUGAGGCUCAGAAUUUCAAAGUGAAGGCUGAUGUUUUCCUUCAAAAUGAUGGGUCAAGAUUGUACCACUAGGAACUGCUUGGCUUUGUUCUUCUGCUUAUUUCAUUUGGAACAUGCACAUGAUCUGUUCAAUUAUCUCCUGGCUCUUUGUUGUUGUAAUUGAGAUUGUCCACCUCCUUGUGACAAUACUAUAAAGGUAGUCCUGACUUAUAACCACAAUUGGGACUGGAACUUCUGUCACCAAGCAAUACAACUUGGUUAAGUUACGCCCAAUUUUGUCACAUUUUUCUGCCAUACUCAAUAAGCAAAUCACACAAUUGUUAAGUUGUUAAGUAAA